AUGCCUCUGAUCGCCUCCGCGCCGCGGGACCGCAUUAUCCUGGGUUUAAUGACCUUUGGACCCGACGAGAAAGCUGGCGCUCGUAUUACCGACAUUAACGAGUUCAACAGAGUGCUUGAUACAUUCCAAUCGCGUGGCUACAAUGAAGUUGAUACCGCCCGAGUCUACAUUGAUGGCGAGCAGGAAGCCUUUACCCGCCAAACUAGGUGGAAGGAGCGCGGACUAACGUUGGCCACCAAGUUCAAGUAUCCUGCUGAAGCCGGUGCCAAUCAGGCUGCUAAGGUAGUCGAGAGCUUGGAGACGAGUCUCAAGGAGCUGGGGACUGAUAGUGUAGAUAUCAUCUACCUCCACGCCGCCGACCGCACGACGCCCUUUGCUGAGACACUCGAAGCGGUCGAUAAGCUACACAAGGCGGGGAAGUUCGUACGAUUCGGUGUUUCUAACUUUACGGCUGCCGAGGUGGCCGAAGUGGUUCUGACUUGCAAGUACAACAACUGGGUGCGACCGACUAUUUAUCAGGGCAUGUAUAACGCUAUCACGCGGGGCAUUGAGCCGGAGCUGAUCCCAACUUGUCGGCGGUACGGGUUGGAUAUCGUGGUAUACAACCCGAUUGCUGGCGGCCUCUUCAGCGGUAAAAUCAAGAGUGCGGAUAUCGACCCGGCCGAUUUCAGCCGGUUCAGCACAAAGAGUAGCACGGGCGCCAACUAUCGCAACAGAUACUUCAAGGAGAGUACAUUUAAAGCCCUGCAGACGGUAGAGAAGGCUGUUGAGAAACACCCCGGAUUAACCAUGAUAGAGGUGGCGCUGCGUUGGGUAGUACACCACAGCCAGCUUAAGAUCAAGGGGGGCAACGAUGGUAUAUUGAUUGGGAUCAGUUCUCACGACCAGCUCGUUAGCAACUUGGAUAACUUGGAGAAGGGCCCGCUUCCAGAGGACGUCGUGUCGGCGUUAGAUGAAGCAUGGAAGAUUGCAAAGGCGGAUGCACCAAAUUAUUGGCAUAAGGAUCUCGUGUACACCAUUCCAGCUCGCUUGAAACCGACUUCCCAAUACUCAAAAGCUGAACCGUCCCCGUUACUGUCUGCUAGUUCCGUCGGAUCCAGCAUCGAAGAUUACAUCGGAAGCGGCACCGACACCGUGGGAGGUAGAACUCCGGUCUUCGGCAAGCGGUUAUCCUUUGUCCAGGAAGACGACGAAGCCUCGGAUAUCACAUAUCUUCACGACGACGACGACGGUACCAUGCACGACAGCGCUAAACGACCAGGAUUUCUUCGUCCGUCUGACGGUCGGUCCGUCACACCGCUCCUCAAGAAAUCAGAUGACGAUGACCGCGGGAGGACACGGUAUAAUAGCUCGCGACCGACGUCCCCUCUUCCGAUACCUGCCGUUACGACACCAGCCUCUGACCGACCGACGUUCAGUCGCCGCUCGACGAUGAGAUCUCGGUCUCCGGAUACCCAGGCGCGGAUGGCCGCGCGCAAGAAGUACACAUAUGCGGCCAUCUUCCUGGUCGUAUCGCUGAUAUCCUUUUGUGUGCAGACGGAGCUGGGACGGUACGUGCAGCACGGACUUGGUUGGAACAAGGCUUACUGCAUGUUAUAUCUUACGCACGGGUCGUGGACGUUGUUGUGGCCAGCGCAGCUACUCAUAUUGCGGCUUCAGAAGUGGAACAUGCCCUGGCCGACUUUCUGGCGGCGCCAUGUGUACUUGUUGCGCUCGACGGCGCAUAUGGUCGCCCAUCAAGAGCUUGAUAUCCCGCGGCAUGUCGUUCAGCGCAGUCCCAUUCCUUACAUCCUCCGCACCACCGCCUUCGUCACCACUUCCUUGACAGUCGCUGGCCUGAGUUGGUACGUCGCUGUCAGCAUGACCAGCCCCAGCGACCUAACUGCUAUCUAUAACUGCUCGGCCUUUUUCGCCUAUGCUUUCAGCGUGCCCUUGCUUAAGGAGAAGUUGCGCCUCGACAAGUCUAUUGCGGUGCUGAUCGCAAUUUUUGGUGUCUUGGUUGUCGCGUAUGGCGAUUCUAAAGAUUCCGGUGCGGGAGCUGAUGAGGAGGUGGAAACUGCGGCUAGCACGCGGUUUCUCGGUAAUAUGAUCAUCGGUGUGGGAAGCGUGUUGUACGGGCUUUACGAGGUGUUAUAUAAGCGUUACGCAUGUCCGCCCGAGGGUACGUCGGCAUCGCGCGGCAUGAUCUUCGCCAACGCGUUCGGAAGCUGUAUUGGGGCCUUCACCCUCUUCGUACUAUGGAUUCCUUUGCCGAUUUUGCACAUCCUCGGUUGGGAAACCUUCGAGUUGCCUACUGGCGCAGCGGCUUUCUAUCUCUUCAUAUCCGUGAUCAUGAAUGCGACGUUUGCGGGCAGUUUCCUAGUGUUGAUCUCUCUGACGAGCCCCGUUCUGAGCAGCGUGGCAGCGCUACUGACCAUUUUCAUCGUGGCUCUGGCUGAUUGGGUCAUCACUGGAGAAGGCAUGAGCCCCUCAGCCAUAAGCGGCGGAUGUAUGAUUGUGGCGGCGUUUCUGAUGCUGAGCUGGAGUACCUGGCGCGAGAUGACCGAAGAUGCGGAGCGCAAAGCUGCCGUGGAUGUUGCCGGGCCGGUCGACUGGAGCAGCGAGGACAGCGAUAAAGACGCUGGUCGGCUGGACUAG